AAAAUAUGGAAGAUGGGAUUAGUGGAAGAACUGAACUAUCUUGUUGUUGUAUAUCACAUGCAUUCGUCAAAGCUUCCAGUAAAAAUCCUGAUAAAGUUGCUGUAAUCCAUGGAUGUGGAGCUGCAAGGAUCGCCAGAGAGUUGCGCGCUAAUGGAGGCCGUGGCGAAAUUAGCAGUAAGACAGGGAUCUUUGAUGUAAAUUACAAUCAACUCUUCGAAUGUUUGCUUCAGCCUGCUCUUCCGAGUUCUCCCCCGGUGUAUGAAGGUGAUCGCUGUUUCACCUUUUCCCAAAUCCUAUCCGCCGUUGAUUCCCUCAGCUCACGCCUCCAUCACGUACUUGAUGGCGGAGAUGAUCCCUUUCUUGUUAAGCCAACUAUCGGUAAUUUCUCCAAUGGCCUACCAACUAAUGACAUUUCUAAGAUGCUUAAAUCUUCAAGUGCCGGGUUACACAAGUCUUCGAAUUACCUGGAUAUGUAUAGCCCGAAAAUAGUCGGAAUAUACAUGGAACCUUCGGUGGAUUACAUCAUUGCUGUUCUUUCUGUUCUAAGGUGCGGGGAGGCUUUUCUGCCAUUAGAUCCUCUAUGGCCAGAUGAAAGAAUAUCAUAUGUUGCUUCAUCUUCAAAUAUUAGUAUUAUCUUGACCAACAAAUCUGGUUUCCAUGGAAGUGAAUAUGAAGGCAUGAAUGAAUCAAAUUCUCUAAAACAUGGCAAGUAUCCUGCGUUUUUCUGGUCGUUGGACGACAAAUUUGAUUGCCAACUUGAUUCCUCAUGUUUGGCAUGGCCAUGUGAAAAAGUAAAGCCAAGAUUAUUUUGCUACUUAAUGUAUACAUCAGGAUCAACUGGAAAACCCAAAGGCAUAUGUGGCACUGAAGCAGGUCUUUUGAACCGAUUUUCAUGGAUGCAAGAUAUUUAUCCCCUAGAUGGAGAGGAACUCUUGCUGUUUAAAACAUCUUUAAGUUUCAUUGAUCACCUGCAGGAAUUUCUCGGAGCUCUUCUUUCAACUUGUACGUUAGUCAUACCUCCCAUUGUUGAGAUCAAAAGAAAUCCUUUUUAUGUGUAUGAUUUCUUGCAGGCUUACUCAAUCAGCAGGCUUGUUGUAGUACCGUCUUUGAUGAGAUUGAUUCUUCCUGCUUUUCAGAGUCAAUAUAACAAAAGAGUACAAAGUUCCCUUAAAGUUCUAGUGUUAAGUGGUGAACUUUUUCCUAUUUCCUUAUGGAAAAUGAUUUACCAGUCAUUACCAAAGACAACUAUUCUGAACUUGUAUGGAUCUACCGAGGUUUCUGGAGACUGUACAUAUUUUGAUUGCAAGCAAUUACCUUUGAUCUUGGAGAGUGAAUUCUUGGAUAGUGUUCCAAUUGGCUUGCCAAUUUCUAAUUGUGAUGUUGUGCUUUUGGGUGAAGGUUCACCUGGUGAAGGAGAAAUAUAUGUUAAUGGACUCUGUGCGGCUGCUGGAUAUUAUAACGAUACUUGUAUUUUGCAGGAGGCCUAUGUAAAAUUACACAAAAACACUUCUUGUCCCUAUUGUGAUAAAGAGUGCGUGCAUCAAUUAUAUUUCAGAUCAGGGGACUUUGCUAGGCGACUUGGAAGUGGUGAUUUGAUAUUUGUUGGGAGGCAUGAUCGCAAUGUCAAGGUUAAUGGGCAUCGUAUUGCUCUAGAGGAAAUUGAAUGUACAUUACGGCUAUAUCCAGGUGUAUGUGAUGUUGCUGCUAUUUGUUGUGAUAUUCCAGGAGAAUUAGUUCUUAUAGAAGCAUACUUAGUGAUGCAACAGGAUGUUAAAUUUGACAAGACUUUGAGGUUUUCCAUCAGAAUGUGGUUGGGCAAUAAACUUCCAGAGGCGAUGGUUCCUAGUAAUUUCUUCUUUAUGGAUUCACUUCCUGUGACUUUCACUGGAAAAGUUGAUUAUGCAUUGUUGGCCAGCUUAACAUCAACUGUAACACAUGUCUUCAAUCAUCAGGAUAUAGCGGUUGACAUAAAAAAGGCCUUUUGUGAUGCUUUGAUCAUUGAAACAAUAUCAGAUGAUGCUAAUUUCUUUGAUAUGGGUGGGAAUUCACUAUCUGCAGCACAUGUGUGUUAUAAUUUAGGAAUUAGUAUGCAAUUCCUUUACAGCUUUCCUACUCCAUUGAAGCUUCAGAUCGCUCUCCUAGAAAAAGGCUUGUGCCGUACUGAUGUGAACAUAAAUCUUGAUUAUGUGUGUAAGCUGAAUAGAAAUGACAACAAGGUUUUAUCUGCUGAUAACAAUGGACCAAGUCUCUGUACUGCUAUUGUAAAUAAGAAGCUAUCAAGGAAGUCUGGAGACGAGAUCAAUGAUCACACUGCUAGCCGCAAGAAAAUGAGUUUGACAUUCAAUAUGGACUCAGCGAGAAAGGUUGUUGGAGAUUGUUAUCCAUGGAAUUCUGAUUAUCCAUCUUUCUCAUGCACAUAUAACCGAUGCAAUAAGGUAAAUUUACAAGGAGUAUACCCUGUGAUUUCACCGAUGCAAAUUUCAAGACAGAAAAGAGUCAGCAUGAAGGAACUGUGGUCUGUCCACUUGGGAUCCUGUAUUGAUGCAUCUCCAGUUGUUGUAGUUAAAGAUGGCGAAGUUCUACUUUUUAUUGGAUCACACUCCCAUUAUUUUUCGUGCAUCAAUGCCAAGAGUGGUACAGUCCGGUGGAAGAUUGAACUGGAAGGAAGAAUAGAAUGCACAGCCGCAAUUCUGAGUGAUUUUACUCAGGUCGUUAUUGGGUGUUACCAGGGAAAAAUUUACUUCCUUGAUUUUUUGAAUGGGACUAUCUUUUGGACUUUCCAAACAGGUGGUGAGGUGAAGGCACAGCCAAUGGUAGACAGUUGCCGAAGUUUGGUUUGGUGUGGAUCUUACGAUCACAACCUUUAUGCCCUUGAUUAUACUAAUUACUGCUGCCGUUAUAAGCUUAAUUGUGGUGGCAGCAUAUAUGGAUCACCUGCAAUUGAUGAGGUUCAUGGCAUUCUUUACGUGGCAUCAACAAAUGGUCGGGUCACAGCAAUAUCCAUUAAGGCUCCAUCAUUCAAUAAAAUAUGGAUGCGUGAGCUGGAAGCACCUGUAUUUGGGUCUCUGUCCAUGAAUGUUGGCAAUGGAAAUGUUAUUUGUUGCUUGGUGGAUGGGCAUGUUGUUACACUGGAUUUAUGGGGAUCUCUUGUAUGGAAGGUGAAAACUGGUGGACCAAUAUUUGCUGGAGGAUGCAUAUCACGUGUUCUGCCUUCUCAGGUUCUUGUAUGUUCAAGAAAUGGAAGUAUUUAUUCCUUCAAGCUGGAAAAUGGAGAACAAGUAUGGGAGUACAAAUUGGAAGAUCCCAUUACUUCAUCAGCAUUUGUUGAUGAUAACUUAGAGUUGGAAUCUGACAUUCCCAAUCAAUUGGAUAGGUUAGUAUGUGUAUGCACCAGUUCCGGACACAUCCAUUUGCUUCGAGUGCCUUCUGACUGCAAAGGAGGAACACUUACUCAUCCAACAGAAGUUGAGAAGUUUGCGGAACUGGUUCUUCCAGGGGAUAUAUUCUCUUCCCCCAUUUUUAUCGGUGGUAGAAUUUUUGUCGGUUGUAGGGAUGAUCAUGUACAUUGCUUACAGGUUGAAACCUAAGUUUUACACCAUAAGUUUUUAAAAAAAGUUUGAAACGCAUUGAAUC